CGCCCGCCUGAGACAAGGUCACAGCAUUGGCAUUGGUGCUGACGGCGGCGGCGGCAGCAGCAGCAGCAACAGCAGGACUGUAGACUUGACUGCCGCCACCCCAGAUGCCGUAGCCCUCGCAUACUCGACGCGUAGAUACGCACCGUUGGCAGGCGGGCCGACCCUCGUCACACUUGACUCUCCGCACUCUACGGUUGGUGGGUUGGGUAGGUGGUGUUGCGCAUUCGUUAGUUCAGUGCACCUUGUCGCUAGCGCGGUACGGGUCGAUUGGACCAAGGGUCCAGCAUCACUAACUUGCAUGUGCGGCACCCUGAUUUGACCUUGGUAUGUCGUUUGCUUUGCAGCUGCGAGCCGCGUGUGUUGGAUGGAUCUGAUGGGGCCGACAUUUCCCUAUCUCAUUCCCACUGCUGUGGGUGAUCCUUGAAGCAGAAAAAUCUCGUUCGGUUGACAUGGCGAGGUUUUCAGUUUUGAUGAGUGGGCCAUCUCGGUUUCUCCGCUUCGUGAUUGAUCGAGCAACAAGACCCUUGCAUGGUUACGUUGGUCUCGUCAAAACAUUUCCUCGAUAAACGCCCAAAAGGUGCUAGCCUGUAAUUAUUAGACAAACCCUUGAUUGCCGGAGACGCAAGAGCGCCGAGGAAUUUGAGCAGAACAUUCAAGCUCAUCUUGCAUCAAGACAAGCAAGCACGUUUGGCUUUGUACAACUUGCCGACCGCGACUGCCAAUAUUCCUCUUUUGCACCCACUUUCCGUCCCUCUUUUUCAAUUCAUGAAUUUUCAUCACAUCAUCUCCACUUUCUCUUUUCGUCUUGCCAAAAAGCUAACUGGCUCGUUUCUGCUCAUUUUGCUUGCACUAAGGUACAUCGGCAGUUUUUCUUGACAUGGCCGCAUCUCUUUCUGAGCUCAAGAGCACCUAAACAGUCCCGACACGCUGCCACAAAUGCUACAUGUCUAUGGUAUUGAGAUGUCUGCCAAUGGCCAAUCGCAGACUUCUGACAACACUCGGGAAAAUUCUAUUCUAGUGGAGGACAUGUCGCGUUGUCUGGAAUCGACAUAAACCCUUCUAGGCCUACCAAAUCGCACAACUGUUGGGACGCCGGCAUUUUCCAUGCUCAUUCGCGCACAUAGGAUUCACGCGUGGCUGCCGUGAUGCAUGCCAAUGUUGGGUGCGCAUCUUGUGCUACUGGCUGAAUCCUUCCAGUGGUGGUGUAUCCAUGGCAUCGAGUCUUGUCCGACCAUAACUAGGUAGGCAAGGAUCGACAAACGUCGGCGUUACGCAUCCAAGCUUACCGGCUAUCAAAACGUGACAAGACGCGACGGCAAUGAUUAGAAGCCUUGGCAGCCCGAAGGCAGGUAAGGUUUAUAUAUUGUAUUCGCUUUAGUUCUUAGGCAAAAUGCAACCAACUGCCCGUUCUUAAAAUAGCAGCAGUCCAAGUGGUCAUUUGCCUCGCUUUCGACUUCAGCUUGGUUUAUUGCGAGUACUUCCAGCAACAGGCGUUACAUGCCCAGAAUUUCUCCCGUUGGUACACCGAGACACAUGGCUCGCUUGAUGGCAAUCUGUAUAACCGGCAAAACAGAUCUACAGGAUGGAUUGUAGGACUUCAACUAGCUGCGGAUUUUGUCGGUGUUGCAGCCACUUACAUGAUUAAGUUGCCUAUAAAUAUACCGCCGAUUGCCCCCUGUGCUCAGGAAUUGCCAUCAUGGUGUUGACAGGCUCACUAUGAGAUAGCAUGCUUAAUUUCACAUCAUGGGAUGCACACGAGCGCUUAAAAGUCUAACACUCCUUUCCGUGAUCGGCUUGAGCGUCGUCACAGGGCAUAUAACCGUUCUGCCCGGUGGAGAUCCCAAGCCAUACAUUGGCUCCGAUGCCAUCCUUUCCUGCGAGGACUUCUUCCUGCAGAGUGCUGAGAGAGACUUUGUCAACUUUAACGGCUCCAUCAUCCUCUCCUCGUACGACAGUGCCAGCUUCUCGGCUGAAGAGGGUCUGCGCUCCUCGUCAGACAGUUUUGUCCGAGGCGCCAUCCAGGCAUGGGGCGAGCAUCUGCACCUCGUUGUCCGCCCAGAGGAGGUCUGGUUCACGAUCCUGACCCAGAUGAACUUUUUCAUGAACGCCCACGCCGAAUCGCUACGGGAUCUGUUUGUCAGCCACCAAGGCAAGGAAGUCAUUUACAUUGAGGACUGGACCUGGGAGGCAGUCAUCAUCCGCUUCCAGGACGAGAUCCAAAAGCGCGUCAAGACAGAUUGGCUCCAGGAUUGGAUCAUGCCCAACUUCACCACCACGACCGACUCGGACCGCAUGACGGCCAGCUUGCUCAUGAUGGGCCUGACCCAGGCCUACUUCAAGUUCGAAGGCGGCAUCGUCUGCGGCCUCCCCUCGGUCACUCUGCUGGGCGACAAGAGCGACUGGGAGGCCCUGCUCGCCAAGCUCGAUCAUCUCUCCGCCUUUGGUGAAGAACCAGAAACGUAUGCAGCGCGUCUGCGUCCGAUCCUGACGCGCUUCGUGUCGACCUUUGACGCACCAGACUCGCCCGACACACUCCGGUUCUGGAACGACAUCGUGACGGCCCGCCAGGGCACCGUGUGCGGCCAGCCCCCUUACUACAUCUCCGGCUGGAUCACGGGCUUCCACUACUGGGACGACAAGGGACGCAGCUUUGCGCGGCGCAACGGCGCCCUCAGGCUCGACAACGUCACGUACGCAGAGGUCGACCCGCGCCAGCUGCCCGUCGGGUACGCCAAGGUCCCCUUUACCAUGCACGACUACCCCAGCCCCGGGCUCAAGACCGAGGCCGUGCUGAUGGCGGGCACGCUGGGGAAGAAGGUUGUCUCGGGGGCGCCGGGUGGGUACGCUGGAGCGCUGCAGAGGGCGGGACAGGAGGAGGACCCGGUCCUCGGCGGGACGUCGGUGCACUACACGCUGCAGCCGCUUUCGGGUUGGGCGUUGUAUGGUCCCGUGGACACCAACGCCACGGUGCGGUACGUUGAGGAGUGGGAACUGGCGAACCUGACUUCUAGCGUUCGAGCCAAUUUCGUCGAGGGCCGAUGUGGUGCCAGGCUUUGAGAGGGAUGGCUGUGGUAGGAUUUGAAGAGCUGCAAGUGUGUGCAGGGCUUUUCCUGAAAAUAUUGGCAAGGGUUGUGUAGUUCAGCCUUCUUGCCUCCUGCACCGGGGAAGCAAUGGAUUUUGGUACGACCUCUGGUUUGAGACACAUUCAGCUCUAGACCGG